CGCCCCCCAAAUCCACUCCCUUUCCACCAUCUCCCUUAAGAGGCUCGAGCCCGGACGCCGCUCGCUGGCAGCAAUGCACCGCCGGGGAGUCGGGGCAGGCGCCAUCGCCAAGAAGAAGCUGGCCGAGGUCAGGCUUCUUUUUCCUCCUCCUCCUCCUCCUUCCUCCUCCUCCAGCUGGUCUUCCUUUCAUUCUUGCUCGCUUGCUGUCUUCCCCCCACCGCCAGCCCAGCCUUUGUAGGAGGGGAAGGGGCUGCAGAUUGCGCCUCUUGCCACUCCCCGGGAAGCUCUUUCGCCCUUACCAGUGUCGGAUUUACGUAUAAUAAUAAUAAUAAUAAUAAUAAUAAUAAUUUAUUUAUACCCCGCCCUCCCCAGCCAAGACCGGGCUCAGGGCGGCUAACAACCAAUAAUAAAAACAAGUUGAUUAAAAUACAAUUUAAAGAUUAAGAUACAACAUUAAAACAAUUAGGGAGCAAUCUCAUCAUAGGAGGAGAAAGGAAAAAGAAAAAAGGGGAGGGGAUCAAACAGAUUCUGAGCCAAAGGCCAGGUGGAACAACUCCGUAUAAGCUAAACAAGCUAUAGCUUAGGGCCCCACUCUCUUGGGGCCCCCCAAUAAAAUUAAAGGGAAAAAACCACACACCUGGAUGUGCAUUUCCAAAAUAUAAGACAGGAGUCAGCAAACUUUUUCAGCAGGGGGGUGGGCCACUGUCCCUUAGACCUUGUGGGGGGCCGGACUAUUGGGGGGGGGGAAUGAACAAAUUUUUAUGCCCCACAAAUAACCCAGAGAUGCAUUUUAAAUAAAAGCACACAUUCUACUCAUGUGAAAACACCAGGCAGGCCUCACAAAUAACCCAGUGAUGCAUUUUAAAUAAAAGGGCACAUUCUAAUCAUGUAAAAACACACUGAUUCCUGGACCGUCCGCAGGCCGUAUUGAGAAGGCAAUUGGGCCGGAUCCGGCCCCCGGGCCUUAGUUUGCCUACCCAUGAUAUAAGGUAAAAAAACAAAUAAAAUAAAGCCUACAUACAGCAACAGUGUUUGGUGUUGUGUAGGCUCCUAUGAUGUAAAUUGUGUUUCUAAAGGAACUUUUGUUAUUGCCACAUGCCAAUGUGUUUGCAUUAUUAAGUUUCUUAUGCAUGAAAAAUCAUUUAUGUUAUGUUAUGUUAAUAAUUAUUUCACUAUUAAUAUACUUCUUAAUUGUAUUUCAAGAAUUACUUUGAUAAAAUACAUAUUUUGUUAUGUGCAAAUGGCUUUAGAUACCUAUGAGGUCCAUAAAUUACCAUAUAGUAUAUAUUCAACACAAAAAACAGCACAAUUUGUUGUUGACAAAGGGCAGCUGGACAUAUAAAGGCCCCCAUUACCUUCAGUAGCUAAGGGCCUCAUCUAACCUAAAUCGGGCCCUGCUUCAACCCCAACUGGGCAAGGGGUGGUGGUGGUGGAGAAACGCACUUUGCAUGUGCUCAGAGGCAUUUCUCUUCAGUCCCAUUGCCCAUUAUUGUAUCCUGCAGCUGGCAGGGAUCACCCCAGGCAUUUGCUACUUCUGCUUCUCUCGAUCUGCUGCACCUCUCCCCUAAACUAGGGCUGCCUGGCUUCUUAAAAUCCCUUGCUGGAAUUUGCCUCCUUUGCACUUUUGUCUGAUGAGACAAGAAGAGAAGAAGAAUCUUUAUUUGCGUCAGCCACUAGCCAUAGCAAUAAAAUAAAAUUCACCGAAGAUACGUGUCCCCGCUUCAGGAGAAUGAUGAAGCAGGGAUGGGAGACUUGUGGCCAUGGGCAUAGCCGAGGGGAUGCAUAAUCAAAAGCAAUACAAAUUUGAAGUUCUGCCCUCCCCUCCCCCCUCCCCUCCCCUAACAAAAGCCUGCCCCCUCUAACAAAAAUCCAUGCUUGUGACCCUCGGGAUGUUGUUGGACUGCAUGUCCCAUUGGCACCAGCAAGCUCUCCAAUGAUGGGAAUUGUAGUCCAACGUCAUGUAGUGGGCCACAGGUUUUCCCUCUGCUCCUGUAAGGUAAGCGUUAUCCUCCACUUUGCAGAUGUGGAGACUGAGGCUAGGAGAGAGCGGUUUGCCUCAGGCCACCUUGUGUGUGGAAGAAGGGAGAUUGAAACUUCCUGGUUCGUAGCUCAGUCUCUUAGCAGCUAAGCUACACCAGCUCUUGACAACUUGUGCAGUAGUUAUUUGUGGGUUCCAGUAGAGGCUAAUGGAGCAUCCCUUCCAACAUUUCUCCGAUGAAAAUAGGGACGUCGUAUUCAGUAAUAAUAAUAAUUAAUGAUAAUUUUAUUUUUUACACCCUACCCAUCUGACUGGGUUGCCCCAGCCACUCUGGGCUGCUUCCAACAUAUAUAAAAACAUAAUAAAACCUUUAAAACUUCCUUAUACAGGCCUGCCUUCAGAUUUCUUCUGAAGGUUGUGUAGUUACUUACUGUAUUUCCUAAAUAUCUGAUGGGAGGGCGUUCCAGAGGGCAGGCGUCACUCCCAAGAAGGCCCUCUGCUUGGUUCUCUGUAACUUCAUUUUUCACAGUGAGGGAACCGCCAGAAGGCCCUCGGAGCUGGACCUCUGUCUCUGGGCUGAACGAUGGGCGUGGCGACGUUCCUUCAGAUAUGCAGAGCCGAGGUUGUUCAGGGCUCUAAAGGUCAGCGCCAACACUUUGAAUUGCGCUCAGAAACAAUUUGAAUUGUACUCUUAGGAAGCUGUGUAAACGUAGGCAGAAAGGCGGCUUGCUGGCCUUCAAGAGAAAGGAGAGUUGCACUGCUUUGGUGCUACAACUUAAGACAGCCGAGUCUUGGGUGCUUGCCAAACAGUCCUGUGGACAGGGUAUUCUCAUAAGAGCAUAAGAUGAGUACAGGGAACCAGGCAGAGGGGCUUCUCGGUAGUGGCGCCCUCCCUGUGGAAUGCCUGUCAAAGAGAACAACAACUACCAGACUUUUAGAAGACACCUGAAGGCAGCCCUGUUUAGGGGAAGCUUUUGAUGUUUGAUGUAUUAUAGUAUUUUAAUAUUUUUUUGGAAGCCGCCCAGAGUGGCUGGGGAAGCCCAGCCAGAUGGGCAGGGUAUAAAUAAUAAAUUAUUAUUAUUAUUAUUAUUAUUAUUAUUAUUAUGCUGGAUCAGGCCAAUGCCCCAUCUAGUCCAGCAUCCUGUUCUCACAGUGGCCAACCGGAGCCUGUGCAAAGCCUGCAAGCAGGGCAUGAACACAACAGCGCUCUGCCCAGGCACAAUUCCCAGCAACUGGCAUUUAGAGGCAUCCUUCCUCUGACAGUGGAAGGAGAAUGUAGCCAUUGUGGCUCCCAUAAUGAUGUUUAAGAAUCAGAGAUGCACAUUCGGGGGUGUGUGGCUUAUAUAUCACUGUGUGUCUUAUCACCACUUUUUCCCCCCUUUUUAGGCCAAAUACAAGGAACGUGGGACAGUUUUGGCUGAAGACCAGUUAGUCCAGGUGAGAUGAGGAAACACCAAGGUGGUUUUUUUAAAAUUAUUUUUAUUUUAUUUUAUUUUAUUUUAUUUAUUUUAUAUAUAUAACUUUUAUUAAAUUUUCUGUUCUACAAUUUAGAAUAUUCAUUUAGACAACCUUAAGAUAUCAAUGACUUCCCUUCUUCUCUUCCCAUGCUUCAUUUUGCAUAGCAUAAAAUCCCUGCGUAUUUUAUAUAAACUAAACCAUUCAGUAUUCCAUUGUUACUUCCAUCAAAACUUAUUUACACUGUUGAAUUUAUCUUAAUGCUGCCAACGUUUUCAAGUGUACACAAUUAUCCCCCCAUAUAUUCAGAAAACAUUUUCCAAUCUUCUUUAAACGAGUGUUCUUCUCGUUCUCUUAUUCUGUAAGUUAGAUCCACAAGCUGCGUAUAUUCCAUCAGCUUAAGUUGCCAUUCUUCUUUAGUUGGGACCUCGCUCAUUUUCCAUUUUUGGGCUAACAAAACACAGGAUGCCGUAGUGGUGUACAUAUGAAUAACCUUUCUUAACACCUGGGAAUUUCUAUUUGAAUUACCCCAACAAAAAGGACUCUGGUUUUUUUGGAAAGGUGCUUUAAAACAUUUUUUUCAGUUCAUUUUAAAUUAUUUCCAAAUACUCUUUUACCCUUUUACAAGUCCACCACAUAUGAAAGAACGUUCCCUCAACCUCAUUACAUCUACAGAGAUGUAAUGAGGAAACACCAAGGUCUGAUCUUAGCGUUAAAAGGAGGGCCACUGCAAAAUGUGUGAAUCUGAAAAGCUCUCGUAUGAGCCUAGGCUUCUAUACAUUAUGCACAUUAUCAACCUGUGGUUCCCAUUUUCACAGGGUCUUGCGCUGAUCAGGGGGAACCAACAGCUUGGGGAAAUAAAUAGAAAAACACAUAAGUGAUAUGUCUGUAUAGAUGGUAUAUGAUAGUAAUAAUUUCCGGCUUCCCUAUGAUAUAGAGCACGUUUUCGCCAGUGGGUGGGACACAGAGAUGGAUAAUCCAUUGGCUUAAUCCCAACAUUAGUCUUCAACCUAUUAAGAAGACAGCACUGGAGCAAAAAAGCUUUGCCAUAAAUCGUUUCUCUGUGGUAAUGGCAGCAGAGAGUUGUCCCUUAUGAAACAUCAGUCUGUUCUAGGUCUCAAAGGUGUAUUUCGAAUUAGUAGCCUUUCAAAGCAGAUCAUUUUAAAUCUGUUUCUUCUUUCUAUCCUCUCGCUUCGUUUACAGAUGUCUAAGCAGCUGGAUACAUUUAAAACUAACCUCGAAGAGUUUGCCAGCAAACACAAGCAAGAGAUCCGUAAAAACCCGCAGUUCAGAGUCCAGUUCCAGGACAUGUGUGCAACGAUCGGGGUUGAUCCCCUAGCCUGUAAGAAAUGGGGGAGGCAGGGAUUUAGGGGGUGGGGAGAAGCAGGGUGAGGAAGGGUUUCUGCAGAAUCUGCUGGUCUUUCUUUGGCGCUUCAGUUCGAUCUUCCGUGUUUCUGUUAAAAAUAAAAAAAGGAGUGGCAUUGUUUCUCAAAUCAAAAACGAGUUAUCACAUUAUAAUGUAAGUUGUAAGCCCUCUGAAGAGGGACCAUUUUGAUCCAUGCUCUGCCUUCCCAAGCCAUGUUGCUAUUGGUAAUGGACGGUGGGCCUGUCUAUAUCUCCUUAUCCCCAACCUGUCCUUGCUCAGAGGCAAGUUAAAAUUUACAGUCAGGUAAGAAGGAGAAUUGGAUGAGCAUAAAGAACUUUCCAUGGACUUCUCACUGCCAAAUGGAAAAUCAUUCCUAAUGAAAUGUUCCAAAAAUCAUGGAUAGGGAAGACAGAACAAGUCUUGUCCCUUUUGAAUUCUUGACACUCGCCAAACUAGGAAGUUCCUUUGCCUUUUUCUUUAUUAAAAAAAAAUCUAAACUUGCAAAAUUGGGUCCUUGAGAGUCUAAAAUAAUAAUAAUGCAGCGUUCUUUUUUUUGUCUUUCAUAUAUUCAUAUCCAUAUUUCAUUCCCUCUUCCGCAGCUGGCAAAGGAUUCUGGUCAGAAAUGUUGGGUGUUGGAGAUUUUUACUACGAGCUUGGCGUUCAGAUUAUUGAAGUCUGUCUAGCUCUAAAGCACAGAAAUGGAGGUGAGGAUAGCUUCCAGUCUCUUAUCUUCGCAGGGUGUGUAUGUGUGUGUGUGUUCUGUUCUCUCUAAUGCCUGCCUGCCACUCUCUGAAUGUGUGGCUGGUAUCUGUGAGCUUCUUGGCCAUGCCAGUCCAGCCUCCUAGAAACAUUAACACAACCCUGAGCGUCUCCACUCAGAAGUAAAUUCCACUGAGUUCAGUGGGUCUUAUUUCUUGAUAGUUGUGCAUAGAAUUUCAUGCAUCAGUAAGAGUAAGACUCUUACUAUGGAGGAAGCCACAUUGAACUCGGGGAGGGGGGAACCUAUGGCUGUGCUGGCUGGGGCUGAUGGGAAUUGUAGUCCAAAAUACCUGGAAAGCGCCAGGUUGCGGAAAACUAGUGUAUAGGAUUGCAAACUUUUAUAUAUACAGUUGUACCUUGGAAGUCGAAUGGAAUUCAUUCCAGAAGUCUGUUUGACUUCCAAAACGUUCGUAAACCAAAGCGCGGCUUCCGAUUGGCUGCUGGAAGCUCCUGCAGCCAAUCGGAAGCCCCAUUGGACAUUUGGCUUCUAAAAAUAGUUCACAAACCGGAACAGUCACUGUUUGCGGGGUUUGGGAGCCAAAAUGUUUGAGAACCAAGCUGUUUGAAAACCAAGGUACGACUCUGUGUGUGUGUGUGUGUGUGUGUGUGUGUGUGUGUAAUUUUUAUUGAAUUUUCUGUUUUACAAUUUAAAAUACUCACUUUACAUCAUUAAGAUAUCAAUGACUUCCAUUCUUCUCUUUCCAUGGUUCAUUUUACAUAUCAUAAAUCCCUUCAUGUUUUACAAAAACUAUACCAUUCAGUAUUCCAUUAUUUCCUCCAUCAAAACUUGUUUACACUGUUGAAUUUAUCUUAACGCUGCCAGCGUUUUCAGCUGUGCACAACUAUUUCCCAUAUAUUCAAUAAACAUUUUCCAAUCUUCUUAAAAUGUAUGUUCUUCUCGUUCUCUUAUUCUAUAUGUUAAGUCUGCGAGUUGUGCAUAUUCUGUCAACUUAAGUAUAGGAUUGCAACCUUAGCCUGCUAACAUACUGGGUUGGAUUCAAAUUCCUUAUAUACAUGGCUGUGUGUUAACAUGCUUCUUGCUUCCUCAUUCCCGCUAGGUCUGAUAACACUGGAAGAACUUCACCAGCAAGUGCUCAAGGGGAGAGGAAAAUUUGCGCAAGACGUCAGCCAGUAAGCUUUGCAUUGGAGACUGCACUGCAGUGGGGGAUGUAAUAUGUUUUGCGUUACUUUGCAUAAUUACUUUGCAUUCACUGGCAAUGUCUAGGGUGAUGAAGCAGAGCAGCCCACCAGAAAUAAUUAAAUCAGUUGUGCACGUUGACACGUGCAGAAGUACUGUUUUGGGGGGAGAGGGUGCGGGUGGGUAUGGAGGACUCCCUGGUCCUGAAUGGGGUAACUGCCCCUGAAGGACCAGGUGCACAGCCUGGGAGUCAUUUUGGACUCACAGCUGUCCAUGGAGGCGCAGGUCAAUUCUGUGUCCAGAGCAACUGUCUACCAGCUCCAUCUGGUACACAGGCUGAGACCCUACCUGUCCAUGGACUGCCUUGCCAGAGUGGUGCACGCUCUAGUUAUCUCCCGCUUGGACUACUGCAAUGCGCUCUACGUGGGGCUACCUUUGAAGGUGACCCAGAAACUGCAAUGAAUCCAGAAUGCGGCAGUGAGACUGGUGACUGGGAGUGGCCGCUGAGACCACAUCACACCGGUCCUGAAAGACCUACAUUGGCUCCCAGUACGUUUCCAAGCACAAUUCAAAGUGUUGGUGCAAACCUGUUUAAGGGCUGCCUUCAGAUGUCUUCUAAAAGUCAGAUAGUUGUUUAUUUCCUUGACAUCUGAUGGAAGGGCAUUUCACAGGGCAGGCGCCACUACCAAGAAGGCCCUCUGCCUGGUUCCCUGUAGCUUCACUUCUCGCAGUGAGGGAGCCGCCAGAAGGCCCUCGGAGCUGGACCUCAUUGUCCAGGCUGAACGAUGGGGGUGGAGACGCUCCUUUAGGUAUACAGGACCGAGGCCGUUUAGGGCUUUAAAGGUCAGCACCAACACUUUGAAUUGUGCUUGGAAAGAAAAGAAAUGAAAACUAUGUUUCUCAGGUAACUCAUUUCUGCACCCAGUGCUGUUUUGUAGCUUUUCUGUGCUUCCACGGAAUCACAGCAUAAUACAUACCUUGUUGGACAUGGUUGAAGGUACUGAUGUGCUGAGAUCAUCCUUUGCCCUGACUCUUCUUUCCCUGGCUCCUCAGAGAUGACCUCAUCCGGGCAAUUAAGAAGUUGAAAGUUCUAGGAAACGGCUUUGGGAUCCUUCCUGUUGGUGGGACCUACCUGAUCCAGUCUGUGCCGGCUGAACUAAAUAUGGACCAUACGGUUGUGAUACAACUUGCUGAGGUACCCAUGCCAAGUUGACUCAGUUUCUACUAUUAUUCCAGGGGUCAAUUCAAAGUUCUUGUACUGAGCUAUCCAUCCCUUGCCUAUACAGUCGUACCUUGGAAGUCAAACAGAAUCCGUUCCAGAAGUCUUUUUGACUUCCAAAACAUUCAAAAACCAAAUCGCAGCUUUGCUCUUACAGCCAAUCAGAAGCCCAUCAGAUGUUCGGGUUCCAAAAAGAUCGUUCACAAAACAGAACAAUCACUUCUGGGUUUGCGGCGUUUGGGAGCCAAAACGUCCGAGUUCCAGGGCGUUAGGGAUCCAAGGUACGACUGUAUGUGUGUGUGUUUCAUCGACAUCCUUAUGGUCACCCAUAGUUCACUGGCCUCUGUUGGGAGACAGAAGGGGGGGAGCUGCAAUCUGGUCCCCUUCAGUCCAGUCCCUGACAAGCGGACAUUGCUUCUCCCUAGUCAGAAGCCCUCCCUAAACUUCUUUUCCAACCCCCCAUCCCGGGGGCAUGACCCUGGGUCAUUUUGCAGGUGUAAUCUACCCCUGAAGUCUUAAGUCCUCGCCUACAAGAUGGUGUGCGUUGAACGUCUCCUUGUUGUUUUUAGUGUUGGCUGGGCUUUUCUGAUCAGUGACCUUUUUUGAAAUCGCCUCCUUUCUUUACUCUCCGUUUCAGAAAAAGGGGUACGUGACCAUCAGCGAGAUCAAGUCGAGUUUGAAGUGGGAGGCGGAACGAGCAAAGCAAGUUUUGGUAUGUAAACAAUGAGUUACAUUAUAAAAAGAAAAGAGCGCCCACCUCUUGGCAGCUUGGAAAAUGAAAUAUUGCAUUAGAAGUUGUGUAGGUUAGGCAAAAGUGCAUGUCAUUAUACAUGUUUGCUUGAAACUAAAUGUUGCAGCAUGGAGUUUCUCUGUUGAGGAUUCUAAGCUAUCCAUUCCAUGAACCCCCUUGCAGAUUUCUGUUUCUUCCCCAACAGUAAGCCAACAUUCUGUGGCCACUGAGCAUGCUCAGUCCUCCCCCUGUUCUAGGGUUUCCCCCCUACAAAGCUCAGGGUUCCCCAAGCCUGCUGCUGGGAGGGUCCUGUUGCACUCAAUUCCUGCAUCUGGUUGGCUACUGUGAGAACAGAAUGUUGGACUAGAUGGGCUUAGUUCUUCAUAUGUUCUCCUGCCUGCAUUGUGUUGGGGGGAGAGUGCAAAGCCACAUGUGAUAGCCCUCCUCUCCAAAUAAUAAUCUCUGGCUUUUUACAGGAUCACUUGCUGAAAGAGGGCAUGGCGUGGCUGGAUACCCAGGCUCCAGCGGAACCACAGUACUGGCUACCUGCCCUCUUCACAGAGCUUUACUCUCAGGAAAUCACACCAGAAGAAGCGAAGGAAGCUUUGCCUUGACAGCCGAAAAGGGGACUGAUUUAUCUGAACAUUUUCAUUUAAAUGGGAUGACACUUUUUGCAUUAACAUGAUAAAGCUGAGUCACAUCGAAUGCCUAUAUUCUCUCUCUGCCCCCGCCCGCCCCAAGUCUUCAGAAGAAAAUGUCUGUGUUACCAAACACUGCCAAGCAGGUGUAUUUGACACUGAUUCUGGGGCUUCUGCACGAUGGGAGAGACUAAUUUCGUAAGCAAGCUGUUAGUCCUCAUGACUGGAAAGGUGUGGAUGUGGUUUUUUCUCUCCUUAAAGACUUAGAAAGUGGAGAGGAUUGGAGUCAAUGUAUGUGUUGUAAGCGUCUCUCCCUCCUUUCCCCCAUUUCCUAAUUACAUUGUUGUGUACUUGAUUUAACUCUGUGUACACUGGUUGCCUUCCCUAGAAAGGGUUUCUUGUUUAUCUCACAAUAACGUGAGAGAACCCCAUCUUUAGAUGGUGAAGCAGCCAAGAUUUUAUACUGUUCCUUAUCGGGGCUUUGGGAAAGGGACCAAAUAAUUUUACUAUUCUGUACAUUCUCUCAAGCCCCAUUACAGUGUUGAAAUCGUCCUCAGUUUGUGUUUCAUGGAAAAAAUAUGAGAGACAUACUUCUGUAAAACAAGAAAAUCUUUAAUAAAAAAACAAAAGUU